AUGGGGAGUGCUGUAGCUUUUGUUAUUUUCGGAAAAGAUAACAAUCGAUUAUAUAGCGCUGUUAAUGAUAAAUGGCAGAAAUUUCUGUACGACAUAGAGCUGUUUGUAAUGUGUUCCAUGGAUAUAAUAGAUGAGAAAGCACAAAAAGCAAAUGAAAAAUAUCUUGGAAGCUUAUUUAAUGAUCAGAAAUACAAGUCCUUUGGUUUCAUUUCCAAUACCAAUUUGAAGAUGAUUCUUGUUCUUGAAGUACAGAACAACAGCAUAAAAGACCAGGAUAUCAGAGCUAUAUUCCAAAAAUUCCAUUCCCAGUAUUGUAAUGCUAUAUCGAAUCCUUUCUAUACAUUCGGUACAGAGAUUAAGUCAAAGUAUUUGGACGAUGCAGCUUCUUCCAUAUUUGUGAAUAAUACAGUUUCUUAA